GGAAAGGGAUGUGAGUGGGCUGCUUCCGGUCACACAGAAACUCCCCCCGGUAACACCGGAGCUGUUUGUGUCUCGGUAUUCAUCAUGUUUAUCAGUCUGGCAGCCGGAGCCGUUAUCGGUGUGCGCAUGCGCAGUGCAGUUCUGUCUUCAGACGCGCUGUAAAUUAAAUAUUAAAUUAUAAAGAAACAUAUUUUAUAGUUUUAUAGUUGUAGUUUGAAAAGUUGCAGAUUUGGACGCAGAAACAGCUGUGGGACCUGAAAACAUCUGUCCUGUGUCUCUGGGUGUGUUAACAAAUUGAAGGCAUGGUGAACAGCCAGGCGGUGGGCGGAGCUGGGUGUGCGUCACGUGCGUGCGCGGGCUGCGGAGGCCGAAUCGCCGACCGCUUCCUGCUCUUCUCCAUGGAGCGCUACUGGCACACGCGCUGCCUGAAGUGCUCAUGCUGCCAGGCUCAGCUGGGCGACAUCGGCACCACGUGCUACAGCAAAGGAGGAAUGAUUCUGUGCAGGAGCGACUACAUCAGGUUGUUCGGGCACACAGGUGCGUGCAGUGCCUGUGGCCAGUCGAUCCCUCCCAGUGAGAUGGUGAUGAGGGCGCAGGGCAACGUCUACCACCUCAAGUGUUUCUCCUGUGCGACGUGCAGAAACCGUCUGGUCCCCGGCGACCGUUUCCACUACGUCAACGGCACCAUCUUCUGCGAGCACGACCGACCCAGUGCCACCCUGCUCAGCACACAUCUCCAGGGCAACCCGGUGCUGCCUGACCAAAAAGUUUGCUGAAAGCCUGUCUUUGUCUUGGUCCUCAUGUCACCGUCACCUCCCCCCCCCCCCCAUCCUGCUGUGUCUCGUGGAUGUCUGGCCUCGUGAUCUUCUCCGGCUCUCCUGUGCAUGCACGUCUCCUGCGCUCACAUCCUGAAAGGCCAGAAUGCACUUCCGUCCUUCACUCCACUCCAGAGGAACUCCUCCUUCCUUCCUUAAAUAGAGCUGCAGGGUUUCUCCAUACCUUAGACUCUCUUCAGGCCCAGGUUUAUCUCUAACGGACUCUCCAGGAUUUCAUACAGACUCUGAAGACUUUAAACGUGGAUCCUGAAGAGUGGUCUUCUGCAGUACUAUACUGCUUGUGCUCUUCUUUUUAUCUGAGUGUUUUUGCUUUUGGGUGGUUUUGUUUUGGACAUGGUUCAGGGUCGAGGUGUAAAUACUCCUUUUUAUAACAGUGCCACGUGUUGCGGUUCAAUCAUAUGAUCAAUAUGUGACACUUAUUUAAAGCACAAUAUACAAUAAAUGCUUUAAAAAACCAAAAGAAA